ACAGCUGAGCUCGGUGAUUAUGAUCCUGAUGAGCAUCCUGAGAAUUACAUCAGUGAGUUUGAGAUUUUCCCCAAGCAAUCACAGAAGCUGGAAAGAAAAAUAGUGGAAAUCCAUAAAAAUGAACUCAGAGGCCAGAGCCCACCAGUUGCUGAAUUUAACUUACUCCUGAAAGCUCACACUUUGGAAACCUAUGGGGUGGAUCCCCACCCAUGCAAGGAUUCAACAGGCACAACAACAUUUUUAGGAUUCACUGCUGCAGGCUUUGUGGUAUUCCAGGGAAAUAAGAGAAUCCAUUUGGUAAAAUGGCCCGAUGUCUGCAAGUUGAAGUUUGAAGGAAAGACUUUUUAUGUGAUUGGCACCCAGAAGGAGAAAAAAGCCAUGUUGGCAUUCCAUACUUCAACACCAGCUGCCUGCAAACAUCUUUGGAAGUGCGGGGUGGAGAACCAGGCCUUUUAUAAGUAUGCAAAAUCCAGUCAGAUCAAGACUGUGUCAAGCAGCAAGAUAUUUUUUAAAGGAAGUAGAUUUCGAUAUAGCGGUAAAGUUGCCAAAGAGGUGGUGGAGGCAAGCUCCAAAAUCCAGAGGGACCCUCCGGAGGUGCACAGAACCAACAUUACUCAGAGCCGCAGUUCUCACUCCUUGAACAAACAGCUCAUCAUUAACAUGGAGCCCCUGCAGCCCUUGCUGCCGUGUCCCAGUGAGCAGGAGGAGGAACUUCCGCUGGGUGAGGGUGUUCCAUUACCCAAAGAAGACAAUAUUUCUGCCCCCUUGAUCUCCAGCUCACCAGUGAAGGAAGCCCGGGCGUAUGAGAACCCCCCAAGAGAAGAGGAAGAUAAAAUAAGAGAAGAGCCCUUGACCAUCUCUGAACUGGCAUAUAACCCAAGUGCCAGCCUGCUCCCCACUCCCGUUGAUGAUGACGAGAUUGACAUGCUCUUUGACUGUCCAUCUAGGCUGGAAUUGGAAAGAGAAGACACAGAUUCAUUCGAGGAUCUGGAAGCAGAUGAAAAUGCCUUUCUGAUGGCUGAAGAAGAGGAGCUGAAGGAGGCUCACCAAGCUUUGUCGUGGAGCUAUGACAUUCUGAGCGGCCAUAUUCGGGUGAACCCACUGGUCAAGAGUUUUUCCAGGCUCCUGGUGGUGGGCCUGGGGCUGCUGCUCUUUGUAUUCCCCCUGCUCCUCCUCCUUUUGGAGUCAGGUAUUGAUCUCUCCUUCUUAUGUGAAAUCCGCCAGACGCCAGAGUUUGAGCAGUUUCACUAUGAAUACUACUGUCCUCUCAAGGAGUGGGUGGCUGGCAAAGUAAACCUCAUUCUCUACAUGCUGGGUUGCUCAUAAGGCUCAUAUCUCAUAUGACUAAGGGCUAUAUUCAAUACUAGUGAUUUGUUUUUUUCAGCAAAUGCCUGGUUCUGAAUGGUCACAGGGCCAUCAACAGGUGUUCUUUACUCAUAACUGAUUAUUCAAACCUUUAAGUUAGCUUUCCAUAAUUCACUGCAAUUAAAUAAGUUUAAAUCAAAUACAUUUAUUUUAUUUACAGGUCAGGAAGAUGGCCUUUAACCAAAAAUAUGUUUAUUUUUUAUUAUAUUACAGACAUACUCUUUAUCUAUUAUAUCAUAAUACAUUGAGCUGAAUUAGAUUUCCCCUUUUUUAAUAGUUAGCAGCAUUACAAGCUAUAAGGUUCAGAAUCAGAAUUUUAGUAAAAACCCAAGAGAAGGUUUUUGAAUAUAAUCCUUAGUGAAAACAACAUCUUCUAACCAAUGCCUAUACAACUAAAUUUAUGCUGGGCUUUUGUUUUUGUUUUUUUAAAAAUAUUUUUAUGUGUUCAAAAUAUUUUGGUAAAUUUUUAGCAAAAAAAAAAAAAAAAGAAGAAGCCACCUGGAGUUAUUUAAGUGUACAGAUUGUAAGAAUAAUGCACAAAGAGUAUGUCAGGAAUUUUUUUAAUGUUUUGGCACUGGUUUGUUUUUAAAAAUGUUUUUGGCUAAAUCAUUGCAUAAUUUGUUGUUACCUGCAUAUGAGAUAGAAAAUAGGUAGAAAGACACUGUAAUAAGUAAGCUCCUAAGAUGGAUGAUGGAACUGGAGGAUGUAGAAACUGAGAGCAUCAAAUGGACACAGGGUGGUCCAUUUAUCAAAGUAUUUGGACAAGAUGACAUUACUUUCAUUUGCAUUCUGUCCAUAUAUUUUGGCUGGGGAAGUAGAAUGUUUUUAAAGGAAAGUGAAACUUUAAAGGAAAAUAGUUAAAAGAUAUGCUAGUUAAUUGCAUAUUAUUGUACAUUAACCCAAGAGUGGAAGCAGAUGGGAAUGGGGCAAAUGGCAAGUAGCAAAACAGAGUUCUGGUGAGGCUGAUAGGCAAGUGGCAGCUGGCAGAUGAUCUGUUUGAUGAAAGUGAUGAUGAUGCAAGGUCCUGGAUGAUGUAAAGAACAGUGUACUCACUGUCCGAGUUGACAUGAAUAUGCGUAAGUGGCUCUAAAUAAAAGUGGGGAAACUUUAAGUCAUGUUUUUUGGUCCCUCAGGCCAUUCAUUGUGAUUCUCUAGAAGAAACUUCAAAAGAGGUGUGUGUUUGAGAAAGAGAGAGAAUGAAAAGAAUGGAUUUUGGGUUUUUGAUAAAUGCCGAUGAUCUUUCUUUGUGGUGGUCAUUAUACUCCCUUCCCUUCCUGGUUUCCUUAAGAUCGUAACUCAUUCAUAAUUAAAAUGAAAGUGGAGGGGACUCAUUAGAUGAUAUGGUGUUUCUGCUUGGGUGAAGUAGUGAAAUGACUCCCUAAUCAGACAGUAGAUGGGAAACAUGCUCUUGAACUUUCCUUCAGACCAUUAAAGCCAUGAAGGAAAGGCUCUAACGUCCUCCCAUGGAGAAGUACCUACCAAUACUGUGGUACAAAUGAGAAAGAAGAGCAUAUGGAGCUUAGAGCAUGGAGCACUGGGAUUUCUCCGUGGAUCGAAAACAUUCCAUUGCCUUCAUUUACAAAGACACUGGGCUGCCUGUGAUCUCCCCCUAACUCUAAUAGACACUCCAACUCCAUCAUUAGCACAAUUUCCAAAUUGGCCAUUCCAGUCCUACUCAAUGGAUCUCUGAGUGCUUUACUAAAUACUUAAUUUUGAAAAUAAGUUUUAAAAGUCAGCUCACGGAGCCUUCUGUUGAGCGAAUAUGAUACACAUUGGCUGUGAAGUUUGUAGGGUGUUCCUUCCCAUGUGCUUUUGGUGAUUGAUUUUGCUUUUUAAUAAAGAACAUUUAAUACCUGAAAUUUGAUAUAAACAUAGAAAUAUAUCGUCUAUAGUUUAUUUUGGAAGUUUUCAAAUGGCCAGCUUUGAAAUUGAAGAUUUCUUCCCUCUUCUUUUUUCAUAUGACUUCUAAGUCAUACCUUCUGACAUAAGGAUACUUCAGUGUAAUCUGCAUAGAAUUAGUCCCCCUUCUAAUCAUGCUUCAUAUCAUUUUCUUUGAAGUUCUAACCAUAACAAAUCAUUUAGCCCUCACCCUUUUAAAUAAUAUUGAAUACUAUUUUUUAAAUUAUGGAAGUAAUCUAUUUCCCAUUAUAAAACAUUUGAAAAAUAACUGACAGGAUAAAUAUCACAUGUAGUCCAACCAUGCGAAUUUAUAUUAAAGAGUAAUAAAUACAUUAUUUUAACAUUUCCAGCUAACAUCUCUUUUCUCUUAGGCAAAAAACUUAACUGUUGAAUAGAAUUUGUGUGUGUGUGUGUGAUGAAGAUUCCCCCUGAGCUCAUAGCCAUUGCUAAUCCUCCUCCUUUUUCACUUGAGGCAGGUUAGCCCUGAGCUAACAUCUGUGCCAGGCUUCCUCUAUUUU